AUCAUAUUCUUUCAUCUUGUUCUCACAGCACCCACACAUGACAUAGCUAUGGCAUCUGACACAGCUCUGGGUCUGACAGCAUUCAACUUGCUAGUUCUCUCCCUGCUCCACCAGUGUGGCCCUCACCCACUCACUCCUCCGAAUAAUGGACUUCGUAAGUGUCGCACCAACUUGUCCAUUCCAGCCCUGGAGGUACUCCCAGGCGGGGGAUGGGACAACCUGAGGAACAUGGACAUGGGUCGAGUCAUGAACUUCAGCUUCUCCCAGUGCCAGACCACGGAGGAUGGAUUCUACCUCAUCCCGGAUGAGGUGUUUGUCAUCCCACAGAAGCUCACUGGUGUGGAGACCAAUUCUGAGAUCAUCAACACUUGGCUGGAACAGCGCAGCUCCACGUCUUUCUCAAUCAACUCAGACGUGUCCUUCCUCUCCGUGCUCAAUGCUAAGUUCUCCGUUGAGAAUCAGCGGGUGAAGACUCACCAGGUCCAUGGGAGCUCUGUCACCGCUCGUGUACAAGUGCGUAACUUCCUAUACACGGUAAAGGCUCACCCUGACUUCACUCUGGAUGGCCGCUUUGCCCACCAGGCUGAGGAGAUCGCAGACGCAAUAGAAAACAACCAGACUCGACAGGCAGUGUAUUUAUCUGAGAAGAUGGUGUUGGACUAUGGAACCCAUGUGAUAACAAGUGUUGAUGCAGGGGCCGCCUUAGUGCAAGAGGACUAUCUCCGUUCAUCUUAUGUGUCCGACAGUGAGACGGCGAAGUUCUCUGUUUCGGCAUCGGCAGGUCUUAACUUCUUUGAUAAAGUCAAAUUUGACAUUGGCAGCAAGGACACACAAGAGACAUCCGAGUCACAUAGUUAUCAGGGCAACAUCACCUACUCCAUUAUACAGAGCCAUGGUGGGGCUCCCUUCUACCCAGGCAUCACUUUGCAGAAGUGGCAGGAGAGCACCAAGAACAACCUGGUGGGCAUCGACCGGGCAGGACUGCCUCUGCACUACUUCCUCAACCGGAUUACCUUCCCCGAUCUCCCUGAACCAACCAUCGGCAAACUGGCACUGUCUGUUAGUCAGGCCAUCCAGCGCUACUAUACCGUUAACACACACCCUGGCUGCGUUAAACCAGACUCCAAGAACUUCAACUUCCAAGCCAAUAUGGACGACAGCUCCUGCGAGGGUCCGGCCACCAACCUCAGCUUCGGUGGGGUGUUUCAGCAGUGCACCAAGCUCACUGGGGAUGCAGACCCAAUCUGCCAAGCCCUGGCUCAGAAGAACCCCGACACAGGCUCUUACUCAUGUGGUCAGCCCUACAAAGCCACCCUGUUACGCUCUGAGGUGAGAGAGGAGAGCUACAGCUCGUAUGAGUGCCACAGGCAUUGCCAUGGCUGCUGGCUGCUUUUAACCUGCUGCGACAAUAUCUGUGGAGAUUCCUACCAUGUCCGCUCCGCUCGCAUUGACACCUACUGGUGCUCCACCAAUGAGACAACCCCAGAGUACUCAGGAUACCUCUUUGGGGGACUCUAUAGCCCAUCCCUGUUGAACCCUCUCACCAAAACUAAGAGCUGCCCUCCAAACUUCAACAUUCAAAUGAAGCUUCUGUCCAACGGUCUGAUGAUCUGCCUGAGCAAUGACUAUGAGACUUCCACCAGGUUUUCAGUCCCCUUUGGAGGCCUGUUCAGUUGCCAGUCUAACAACCCCCUUGCACAGGAUCAACCCCGUUGCCCUCCCCAGUUCAGCCAGCACCUGGCUACUGUUAGUGAUGGCUGCCAGGUGCUCUACUGUGUCCAGUCUGGCUUGUUCACAAGUGGCCAGCUGCUGCCUGUACGCUUGCCACCUUUCACCCGUCCUCCACUGAUCAGCAUGACUGCCACUAACACGGUGGCUGUGAUGACCGAGGGAGAUCGGGCGUGGGUCAGGGUGGGACAGACCAAGAUGUGGAAGCUGGCCAAGCUGACAGAGAUCCAGAGUAUGGUGAAGGUGUUUGAUCCAGCCUCGGGACAGAUGACAGGGGGGCAGAAGUCUGGUGUGGCCUUUGGAGUAAUUUGCUUGGUUGUCUUGGUGGUGGUUGGGGCUGUGCUGCUGGUGAGACGGAGGAGGGUCUCAAGGUUUGGGAGGGAGAGAGGAUAUGAGGAGAUCCACAGCGAGGGGCAGAGUGAGGGAGGUGUGGAGAGUCAAGAAGAGCAGGGCUCUGAGACAAUGACCCAGACCCUGUUGCCAUGAGACCACAUUCUACACAGUUUACAUAUUAAGAAGAAAACAGCUUUGAGAUAACUGUGCUGUAUUGUAUAAUCAACCUCUCACUCUUGCUUUCCCUUUACAAUCAAUAAUCUCAAAUACUGGCUAGGUAUAAGAUGGAAAAUGUGCACAAAUUUACUGCGACGCAAAUGAUUUAGAACAAGACACCAACGUGUUGGCAGCUUCCUGCCUUCACCAGGGAUUUACUACACAAUACAUUAGUACACAACACAACGCAACACAACACAACAACACAACACAACACAACACAACACAACACAACACAACACAACACAACACAACACAACACAAAACAACACAACACAACACAACACAACACAAUACAAUACACCACAAUACAUACAACACAACACUGUUAAUGAAUGUAUGGCAAAAAGGGUGAAAAAAAAUCUAUUGACCUAUUUGUGAUGUUUUUAGUUGAAUGUUUAUCCUGUGGUUUUGCUUUCUCUCUAUCCAUUGAGAAUGUGUAUCCUGUGGUUUUGCUUUCUCUCUAUCCAUUGAGAAUGUGUAUCCUGUGGUUUUGCUUUCUCUCUAUCCAUUGAGAAUGUGUAUCCUGUGGUUUUGCUUUCUCUCUAUCCAUUGAGAAUGUUUAUCCUGUGGUUUUGCUUUCUCUCUAUCCAUUGAGAAUGUGUAUCCUGUGGUUUUGCUUUCUCUCUAUCCAUUGAGAAUGUGUAUCCUGUGGUUUUGCUUUCUCUCUAUCCAUUGAGAAUGUUUAUCCUGUGGUUUUGCUUUCUCUCUAUCCAUUGAGAAUGUUUAUCCUGUGGUUUUGCUUUCUCUCUAUCCAUUGAGAAUGUUUAUCCUGUGGUUUUGCUUUCUCUCUAUCCAUUGAGAAUGUGUAUCCUGUGGUUUUGCUUUCUCUCUAUCCAUUGAGAAUGUGUAUCCUGUGGUUUUGCUUUCUCUCUAUCCAUUGAGAAUGUGUAUCCUGUGGUUUUGCUUUCUCUCUAUCCAUUGAGAAUGUGUAUCCUGUGGUUUUGCUUUCUCUCUAUCCAUUGAGAAUGUGUAUCCUGUGGUUUUGCUUUCUCUCUAUCCAUUGAGAAUGUUUAUCCUGUGGUUUUGCUUUCUCUCUAUCCAUUGAGAAUGUUUAUCCUGUGGUUUUGCUUUCUCUCUAUCCAUUGAGAAUGUGUAUCCUGAAAUCGACAAUGAUUCAACAGCAUUAUAGUUUUCUGUUAUAACAUUUUAAUUAGCUUGUGUAUGUUUUUGGACAUGAAAAUAAAACAACUAACACAAUA